GCUGACAUUAACCCAAAGCAGGAGCCCGGGGGGGCCUGGUGGGAAGGGCCCCCCCCGCGGGCUCUGGUUCUCGUGCCCGGCCGGCGCGCGGACCCCCAGCGGCUUUCCCGGCACCGAGCGGGGGGAUCGGCCCCCGAGGGGGGGGAAGAGCGAGUUGGCGCAUCACGUGAGGGCGGGGAGCCAAUCAGCGCGGCGGUGACGUAGGCGGCGGCUCCCUCCGCCCCGGGAUGUGUUGGGCCCCCGCCCGGGCGGGGCGCCGCGGGGAUUACGGCCGGGCUCCGCCGGGGGCCGAGGAGAUGGGACCCCGCACCCCGGGCCGGGGCUUUGCCGCCCCCCCGGCAGCCCAUGCGCUCAAAAUGGCGCUUCCCUCCUCUCCCCCUCCCCCGCGGGGAGCAGAACAACAACAUCCAACUGCCAGUUCCAACGGUCGCCCCGCCCCCACGUGACUCGGCAGCCAGUUAGUCUGCAACGAAUGGCAGCGCUGGCCAAUGGCAGCGCGCGCCGCCUAGGCCGGCGGCUCGAGCGCCUCACGAGGGGGCGGGGAAGAGGGGGUAUGUGACUGAUGGUUAUGGAGGCCCAUCAGAACGCGGCGUCUGGCAAGCUUCCGCCCAAUGAGCCGGCGAAGGGGCGAGCCCGGAUGGCGGGGUGAUGUCACAUCUGUCGCCAUCCAAUCAGAGGUAAGCCGCUGUCUAUAUAAGGCCGACCGGGGACAGACCGAGAGGCGCCAUUUCGCCGAAGCGGAGGAAGGAGCUGGUCGAGGCCUGGUCUGUGAAGGGGGCGGACUCAAUCCGGAUCCAUCCUCCGCCGGGCAGCCCCCAACCCCCGCCUCCGCUUUACCGACGGGCUCGCAGGACCUCCCCGGCUUCCGUAGAGACCCCUGCCUGCGGCCUCGAGGGCCCUCGCAGAACGCCCCAUCCCCCUGGCGGCCAAGAUGGAGCCGGGCCAGUGAUCCCAGUACAAUCCAGUGCCAUCCGCCUCCCUGACGGGGACCAUCCUUCCGGGGACCGGCCUCUACGGGCAGAGGAGGCGCCGGGGGACCCAGCGAGCCCUAUAUUGACCGGAGCCCGGCAGGAUUUGGAGCCCGUCGGGGGCUCCGAAGAGGGGGCCCCCAGCCCUGCAUCCCCCCGCCCUUCAGCCGCCGCCAUUUUCUUUGCUUCCAUUCAUGUAAACCCGGUGAAUGGUGCUGGGGUCCCCGCGCGCCUCGCUGGAGACCAUCGGCCCCGCCUCUGUGCAUGGGCCCGGCCCCCGGCCGCUGCUAGCCUGAGCCCCUGCGCCUGGUUCUAGCCCGCUGGCGGGGAGGGGAGGGGGUGCCAGGCUCGUCCCCCUCCCCUAGCGCCCCCCCCCCCCGGUGUGUUGGGGGGAGCCGCCCGCCCCCCUGGCCGUCCUCCGCCGGUGAUGCUCGGCAGCGGGCAGCCCUGCACCCCGCGGCGCGGGAACAGCAUGUGUCACUAGCGCGCCUCCCCCGCAUCCUGGCAAAGUGGGGGGGUCAGCCGAGGCCCCAGCGUCUGGAGGAGGAGGAGGUGGACUCUUGGGGGAGAGACCCUGGAAAGCAGCCGCUGCAGGCAUGUUGCAGAAUGUGAAUCCCCACAGCAAGAUUUUGGGGGAGGGCAGUACUGGGCUCAUGGGCCUGGCGACGGAGUCGACCCCAGGCAAGCGGAUCCGCAAGCCGUCACUGCUCUACGAGGGUUUCGAGAGCCCCACCAUGGCGUCGGUGCCAGCCCUGCACCUGCCUCAGGUGAACCCUCCACCACCGGAGGUGUCCAACCCCAAAAAGCCAGGCAGGGUCACCAACCAGCUGCAAUAUCUCCACAAGGUGGUGAUGAAGGCCCUGUGGAAACAUCAGUUCGCCUGGCCCUUCCGCCAGCCCGUCGAUGCUGUCAAGCUGGGCCUGCCGGAUUAUCACAAGAUCAUCAAGCAGCCCAUGGACAUGGGGACCAUCAAGCGGCGUCUGGAGAACAACUAUUACUGGGGGGCGGCGGAGUGCAUGCAGGACUUCAACACCAUGUUCACCAACUGUUACAUCUACAACAAGCCCACGGAUGACAUUGUGCUGAUGGCCCAGACCCUGGAGAAGAUUUUCCUGCAGAAAGUGGCUCAGAUGCCUGCAGAGGAGCAGGAGAUUGUCAUCACGGUGGCCAAGAACAGCCACAAGAAGGGGGCUUCCCGGGCGGCAGCUCUCCUGGCAGGCGCAGUCACUGCAGCUCACCAAGUGCCCGCAGUCUCCUCGGUCUCGCACGCCUCGCUCUACACCCCAAGCGCUGAGAUCCCCACCACUGUGCUCAGUAUCCCCCACCCCUCGGUGAUCUCGGCACCGCUUCUCAAAUCACUGCACUCCGCUGCCUGCCAGCCAGUGCUGGCUGUGCCCGCUCCCACGCAGCCCGUGGCCAAGAAGAAGGGUGUGAAGCGAAAAGCGGAUACCACCACCCCCACCACCACAGCCAUCAUCGCCACUAGCGGGGAGUCGUCCCCGUCGGCCACCCUUCUGGAGCCCAAAGCGGCCAAGAUCCCCACCCGGCGGGAGAGCGGGCGCCCCAUCAAGCCCCCCAAGAAGGACCUGCCCGACUCGCAGCAGCACCAGACCUCCAAGAAGGGCAAGCUGUCGGAGCAGCUCAAGUAUUGCAACGGCAUCCUCAAGGACCUGGUGUCCAAGAAGCACGCUGCCUACGCCUGGCCGUUCUACAAGCCCGUGGACGCCUCGGCCCUGGGGCUGCACGACUACCACGAGAUCAUCAAGUGCCCCAUGGAUCUCAGCACCAUCAAGCGGAAGAUGGAGAACCGGGAUUACCACGACGCGCAGGAAUUUGCUGCCGACGUCCGGUUAAUGUUCUCCAACUGCUACAAGUACAACCCGCCCGACCAUGACGUCGUGGCCAUGGCUCGCAAGCUGCAGGACGUGUUUGAGUUCAGCUACGCCAAGAUGCCGGACGAGCCCCUGGACACCAACCCGCCGUCGGCCGGGCUGUCUGGAGCCCUCUCGAAAUCCUCCUCCGAGGAGUCGUCCAGCGACGACGAGGAUGAGGACGAAGAUGAGGAUGAGGACGACGAGGAGAGCAGCAGCGAGAGUUCAUCGGAGAGCGAGGAGAGCUCCGACUCCGAGGAGGAGCGUGCCAACCGGCUGGCGGAGCUACAGGAGCAGCUGCGGGCAGUGCAUGAGCAGCUGGCUGCCCUGUCGCAGGGCCCGGUCUCCAAGCCCAAAAAGAAGCGGGAAAGGAAGGAGAAGAAAAAGAAGAAGAAAUCGGAGAAGCACAAGGGCCGGGGAGGCGAUGAGGAGGCGCGGGCACGCCAGGCCCAGCUGAAGAAGGCCAAAAAGGCAGGGGGCAGCAGUGGAGGGACCAGCGGGAGCAGCAGCAGCAGCAUCACCAAGAAUUCCAGUAAGCUGUCGAAGGCGGCGCUGCCGGCACCCCCCAUGCUCUACGACUCGGAGGAGGAGGAGGAGAGCAAGCCCAUGACCUACGACGAGAAGCGCCAGCUCAGCCUAGACAUCAACAAGCUGCCGGGGGAGAAGCUGGGGCGGGUGGUGCACAUCAUCCAGUCGCGGGAGCCCUCGCUGCGCGACUCCAACCCCGAGGAGAUCGAGAUCGACUUCGAGACCCUCAAGCCCUCCACCCUGCGGGAGCUGGAGCGCUACGUGCUGUCCUGCCUGCGCAAGAAGCCGCGCAAGCCCUACAGCGAGACCAUGAAGAAGCCGGUGGGGAAGACGAAGGAGGAGCUGGCGCUGGAGAAGAAACGGGAGCUGGAGAAGCGGCUGCAGGACGUGAGCGGCCAGCUCAACUCCACCAAGAAGCCCCCCAAGAAGGGUGAGUGCUGGGCGGGAGGGGGAGCGAGGCGUUGGUGUCCGCGAGGCAGGGCUUCGGGGCUGGGUGAGGGGGAAUGAUUCCAGCCCUGCCCU